AUGGUUGCUGACGACAAGGUUGCCAUCCUGUCAGAUGACGAGGAGGAUCAGAAGAGGAAGUAUGUGUUGGCCGAGCCGUUCGACACGCAGUCGAGCGGUUCUGCGCCGCCGCCGCCGGCCUCGGACCCGCUGCCCGAGCAGCCGGCGGCCCUGCAGCCGGACUCCAUAAACUGCUGCAUGAGGAUGUGUCUCCGCAUCAACACCCGCCUCCUCGUCUCCAAAGUCUUCUACUUCUUCUUCUUCGCCGCCUACGGCUCGCUGCACCCUCUGCUGGCCGUGUACUACAAGCAGCUCGGCAUGUCGGCCGGCCGCAGCGGGCUGCUCGUCGGCAUCCGCUACUUCAUCGAGUUCUGCAGCGCCCCCUUCUGGGGAGUGGUGGCGGACCGCUUCAAGAAGGGGAAGGCCGUCCUGCUGUUUUCGGUUCUGUGCUGGUUGGUCUUCAACUGCGGCAUCAGCUUUGUGAAGCAGGCUGAGAUGAUUUGUGAAGAGAUAGGUGCCGACACGACCACGACGGUGGCGCCCGUGACGACGACGCUACCGUACGAGAACGUCACGCAGCCGAGCAACUCCACCAACCACACCAGAAGGCGACGGAGCUUUCUAGACCUGGAAUGGCUUCCUGAGGUCCUGGACUCCUAUUCAAGCGUGCCUACCACCACCCAGCUGCCAGCUACCACCACCCAGCUGCCAGCUACCACCACCCAGCUGCCAGCUACCACCACCCAGCUCAUGCUGAACACCACCCUCCCAUCACCAAACACCACUCUCCUCACCACCACGACCUCCCCUGCUCCAACCAAAGCCAAGGAGUACCAGAUCGUCUACAACAAGGACCAGGUGGAGAGCAUCUUCCUGCUCAUCCUGCUCGUCGUCAUCGUGGGCGAGUUCUUCAGCGCCCCCACCCUCACCAUCGUGGACACCGUCACCCUGCAGAACCUCGGUCAGGCCCGCGACCGCUACGGCCUGCAGAGGAUGUGGGGCUCGCUGGGCUGGGGUCUGGCCAUGCUGCUGGUGGGCAUCUGGAGCGACCACACGUACAUCACCGUGCUGAUCGAAGGCGUCGGCUGCGGAGAGCACCAACGAGACUUCCCCAACUACCAGAUCGCCUUCAUCGCCUUUGGCGUGCUGAUGGGGCUGGCGUUCAUCGUCGCCACUCAGUUUCACUUUGAGAAAGGUGGCGACUACCAGCAGGAGCCUCCAGAGGGGGUGGUGGAGGACACGGGAGCCCCGAGAGCGCUACCCGAGUCCAACUCCUCGGACCAGACUCCCAACCCUGAUCCGGCUCAGGAGUUCCAGUACAGCGACCUGCUGAAGCUCCUCUGCAGCGUGCGCUACAGCUCCGUCCUCUUCGUCGCCUGGUUCAUGGGCUUCUGCUACGGCUUCGUCUUCACCUUCCUCUACUGGCACCUGGAGGACCUGAACGGGUCCACCACGCUGUUCGGGGUCUGCUCCGUCCUGAGCCACGCCUCCGAGCUCGCCACCUACUUCGCCAGCCACAAGUUCAUCGAGCUGGUCGGACACGUCAGGGUUCUGUACAUCGGCCUGGCCUGUAACACCGCCCGUUACCUGUACAUCUCCUACCUGGAGAACGCCUGGACCGUCCUGCCCAUGGAGAUCCUUCAAGGUAUGACCCACGCCUCGGUUUGGGCGGCCUGCAUCUCCUUCCUGAGUGCGGCGGUCCCUCCGGCCCUGAGGACGUCGGCUCAGGGCAUCCUGCAGGGCCUCCACCUGGGCCUGGGCCGCGGCUGUGGAGCCAUGGUGGGAGGAGUGUUUGUCAACUACUUUGGUGCUGCAGCGACGUUCAGAGGAAUCGGCAUGGCCUCCCUCGUCAUCCUCCUCAUCUUCGCCUUCAUCCAGUGUCUGACUGGAGAGGAGGAGGGGAAAGAGGACAAAAUGCUGGCGGAGAACAUCCCGGUUCCCUCCAGCCCGGUCCCCAUCGCCACCAUCCACCUGGUGCAGAACCAGACCGACGCCGGUAGCCCCGCCCGGCGCCAGGCCCCCGCCCUGCCCGCCAAGAAGACCAAACACCAGGAGGACCAGGAGGAGCUGAACAGGCCGGCCUGGGUGCUCUCCGGCUCCCCCUGGGUCACCAUCGCCUUCGCCAUCGUCCAGAUCAAGGAGAUGAUGGACAUGAGGAAGAAAGGAGCGCCGCUGACAGAGACUCGAUCGCUGCAGGUACCUAAUGAUCAGGCGUCAGCCGACUACGAGGCGGUGGCGACCUCGCACAGAAACCCGAGUGAUGACGGCACAGAAACACCCACACAACAAAACGCCACAGACUCUUAACGAGAACAAAGACCGAACGCACCCAAACCCAGACAGAGCGAGAGAGAACCAACACACACACACUUUAAACUCUUAACAAGUGUGUUUGUGUCCGGUUCAGUCCUUAAAUCUGUCUGAAGCUUAACAAACUGUAUUCAUGUAGAUUUAUUGUAAAAAUUAACUUAACAGAAAGUAUUCUGGGGACACGUUUUUAAAACGGUUUUAAGUUUUCAUUGUUUUUCCAGAAGAGAGUUUGGAUUCAGUGUUUGGAUGGAGGUGUGCAUUGUGGCGUUUGCCCCUCAGAGGUGGUCGAAUCAAACCCACCCGGCGGCGCUGUGCGCUAUAUUUAAUGCCCUUCACCGGUGGAGUGUGAAGGAAAGUCCUUCACGGUUAUUUAAUCUCUUCAUUUACUUAAAAAAGUGAUGAAAUCUGACAAAAUGGAGAUUUAGAAGCAUUCCUAUGCCUGCACACAGAAGGAACACAUUAAAGUUCAUUUUUUAAGAACUAGUAUCGGUAGUUAGUCUCUGAAACUAGUGAUAUUAUUUUAGAGAUUUUUAAAUUGCGCCAGUAAGUUUUUAUGCAGUGUAAAACAAAAGUUCCCCAUUUUUUUGCACCACAGUCUGCUGAGGGGUCUUAAAUGUUAAUUAAAUCAGUUUGCAAGAAUACAUGAAUAUAUAACACUCAACUUAUCCUCCCAGAACACAAAUAAGCCUUGAUAUGAGUUUGGAAUUAUUCAAAUGUAUUGAAAAUACUUGGACCAAGAAAUCUGUAUUAAAUUGUAUUCUCUAAAUUAUUACAGUCUUAAAUCUAGCUUGUUAAUUCCUGCAGAAACCGUUUAAUAAUAUGCUUUUAAUUAAUAUAGUUAUUAUUGAACUCUUUCCUCAUUUCCUUUUGGGGUUGGGAACAAGUGAAAUUCUUGCAGGUAAAUAGGUAAAAAGAACAGUAUUUGUAACAUUUCUGAUUAAUCAAUAUUUAAUUUGUUUCCAACUCAGGUUCAGAUGAGAAGAAACAAAAAGUGAGAGACUCCUUUUCUUUCAGAUUUCAUCACUUUUAAUACUCAUAUAUUUAUAUGACUUACUGAAGAAGUGCCUCUUUUAAACUGUAAUAAUCAUCUAACUUAUUAUUAUUAUUAAUAUUAUGAGAUGUCAAGCAAGGAUCCCUUUACUGUGCUGCUCUUCGUCAUUCCGAGGGUCUUUUUGAAGCCUUUCUUCCAAUAUUUUCCUGUUGAAGCUGCCAAUAGCCGACACGCUAUAUUUACUCCCUUUGUUUUCUAUUUUCAUGCCAAACAAUUCACAGUAUUCUGUGUUUACUGUGUCUGGAGGGAAACGUCUUCAGAGAAAACAGAGCGAUGAAGAAAGUCUGUUGUUUUUUCUUCUGUAAAUUAAACAA